CGCAAAAACUGCUCACUUGCAGCCCUCCCUCCCUCCAACCCAUUACUGAGGCUUUGGAGGUGACACAGCCUUGGCAACGCAGGCACAAGGCACCGCUGCGCGAGAAAAGGUAGGACCAAAGACUGUAUGGAGGAAUGUCACCGGCAUUUCUGUCCAGAAUUGCAGAUCACUCCAAGACGAGGGAUAUUCUUCUUUCAGUUUCCUAAAAAGCAAACAUGAAACGUCAGUUAUUUGCCAUAGACUUCGUACUUUUGUGCAUAUCUUGCGGAGCAAGUGCACUGGCCACGACUAUUGCUCCUGUCUCCCUGCCAGCCGCCAAUUUCACCAAUCUUGGCGCAGCGCACAGCUAUGGAACAGACACCACGUCUAAAACCAGGAGGAAGCGUUAUAUUAGUCAGAACGACAUGCUGGCGAUUCUUGACUACCAUAACAAAGUAAGAGGGAAGGUGUUUCCACCAGCAUCCAACAUGGAAUACAUGGUGUGGGACGACACCCUAGCUAAGACGGCUGAGGACUGGGCUCAUGCCUGCCUGUGGGAGCACGGGCCACCUCACCUCCUCAGGUUCCUGGGUCAAAACCUCUCUGUCAGGACAGGACGCUAUCGAUCCAUUUUGCAGCUGGUGAAGCCAUGGUAUGAUGAGGUCAAAGAUUACUCCUUCCCAUACCCCCGAGACUGCAACCCCCGAUGCCCUCUUAGAUGUUACGGACCCAUGUGCACCCAUUAUACACAGAUGGUGUGGGCAACAUCCAACAAAGUAGGGUGUGCUGUUCACACGUGCCAUAACAUGAACGUAUGGGGCUCGGUGUGGAAACGGGCGACGUAUUUAGUUUGCAACUACUCCCCCAAGGGCAAUUGGAUCGGAGAGGCUCCCUACAAAGUAGGCGUGCCCUGCUCUGCCUGCCCACCCAGCUAUGGGGGCUCUUGCAGCAACAACAUGUGUUUCCCCGCUCUCAAGACAAACUACCUGCACUGGUUCAAAUAAACACAGGUUUCCUCUCGAUAUAAGCUGACAACCUACAGUACCACAGAGACAUUAUUUUAAUCCCGUAAGGAUUUGCACAACAGUCGUGGACCACACUAUUUUGUAUAUAUGGGCUUAUUUAAAGACACAAACACACAUCUGAUGGCAGCAGACGAUUUUGAUGACUUGUAAAUAAAUUGUAAAUUAAUUUGUUACAUUUGAAAUGAUGAAGUGUAAUUUAUGUGUAGAAUGGGUCCUUAAACACAGUCUAUACUGUAUGUGGUGCUGCAUAUUUCACUUGUUACCACUGACAAUGUGGUAAUUAAGGGCAUAACAGGAUCAUAGCUGCUCAUACCUGCUCACUUUGGUGCUAUGGGCAUCACACCUUCAUGUUGUGUGCUCUGCCUUCACAGGAAUGCUGUGAUAUACAGAUCAAAGCUUUUGACCUCAGAGGGCAAAACCUACACCGGCAGUGUCAGCUUUGUAGCUGCUAUAGGUACAACACACUACAGACUCAAAGUCUAUUGCAAUUUCCAUUUGUGCCUUGCAAAAGUGCUCUUACUUCAAACUGAAAAUUUACAACAGAGGGAAUAUACAUUAUUUAGAUCGGGUCUUUAUUUGUUGUUGCCUCUGUUGUCAAAAGCCCUAUUUGUUACAGCAUUCAUACAGUGAAUCUGCAGUUUUAAUCUGCACUGAUUAAGUUGUUUCAUCACACAAGUUUCAUACUCUCACAGGUUAUUUAUGCUAACAAAAGCACAUUCAAUAAAUCUGACCCACGUAUCUGUUUUAUAAUCAUAUUUGUAUAUUAUAUACCAAUAUAUUGAUAUUGGACAAAUCUAUUGUUUAUAUUUUGUUAUGAUCACUGAUGUAGUUUUCGGAGUUAGGCACUUGAGUGCACCUUAAUUGUUUUCUAAAUUUCCAAAAUACAAGGAAAUUAUUAUUUUUUUGUACAUGUAGAUAAUCAUUAUAUUCUGACUAUCCUAAAACAAGUACUAUACUGUAAGUUAUUCAUUUUUAUAUGGGAAAAAUAUUUAAUUGAUAUUCAUUUUUUAUUGUUUUGUAAAAGGAUUGUAAAUAUGUCUGAGCGAUUAAAAAGUACUGAAUAUGGUUCAUUUGCAUGUCAACUUUUAUAAUGUUGAAGGAAAUUGACCAUAAUGUUAAGUUACUUGGUACAUUUCUAUGAACUAAGCACUAGGGUAAUAUUGGCAAGCAAAUGCCUCAACACUUAACUUUUAACUGCAUUAGAUUUUUUUUCCCCCAAAUAGGGACAGUUCAGCAACACAACAACGACAAAAAAUGUUGCCAUUGACGCAAACUUUAGUGGUAAACUAUGCAUGAAAAUAGGAACAUUUUCCGCACUGACUGUUUUUGAAAUUGACAUUAACAACAAGCUAUUUGUGCAAUGAACUGCGCUUUUCCUGUUGCAUUUUGUAUUUGUAAUAAAAUGCUCUAUUUUGA